AACACAAGAUACUGAAUGUGGGGCCAACAGAGCCAUGGUCGGUCAGGGAGAAACUGUGCCUGGCCUCCUCUGUUAUGAGGAGCGGCGACCAAAACUGGGUUUCUGUAAGUAGAGCCAUCAAGCCUUUCUCAGAGCCUGGUCGUCCACCUGACUGGUUCUCACAGAAGCACUGUGCCUCACAAUACUCCGAACUGCUGGAAGCCACAGAAGCACCUAAGCGUAAGCGUGGUGAAAAGGGUGAGGUGGUUGAAACCAUUGAAGAUGUCAUCGUUCGUAGGCUCACCACAGAGAGGAUAGAGGAACUGAAGAAACUACUGCGAGACACACAAGAGCAGUACAGGAAGUUGAAAAAGGAGGUGGAUCUGAUACAGACGGGUCACAUGGACUCCCAGCUGAAGGAGCUGUGGGCAGAGAUCACACUAAAGAAGAAGCAGGAUGAGGAGGAAGCAGAACAGAAGAGGAAAGCCACAGAGACAGCGUACCAAGCUCGUCAGGCGGUGAAAAACACACCUAAACGUCUGCCUAGUGUUACUGUACGUUCUCCCUUGGGUGCCAGCCCCCCCACCAUGGACACUCAGGCUGACUCUUCGGUCCCCACGCCGCCUAUGGACACAGGAGGUGUUGCCUCCGAUGACACCACCACCACCACAACCACCACCACACACUCAGUUGCCCAGGGGGUCGGAGUGUUUCUACCAGCGACUGAUGCUCCAGGCCCAGGGCCCAAAGAUGGAGGCCUUGCUGCUCUAGUAGAUGAUUCAUCACAAAAGAGGCUCCUAGCCCAGAAGGCCACACCGCCACCUUCACCUCUGCUGUCAGAACUGCUGAAAAAAGGCAACCUCAUCUCAGCCAGCCCCCGUCUGGUUGGGGAGGGAGACUCUACUGGAAGCCUCACCAAUGGAGUGCAAACAGCCACCGCAGUCACCGCCUUACCACCUGGUCAUGAAGUCAUCACAGAGGGAGAAGCAGAAGCUGCAGUGAAGCCAGAGCUCGAAGAGGAAACAGGAUUAGUAGAAGAGGACCUUGUAGCCGUAUCUUACAUGGGAGACGAAUUGGAUCUGGAAACAGUAGGAGACAUCAUUGCCAUCAUAGAGGAGAAGGUCGAUGACUCUGUGGAAGCCUUGGAUGCAGCAGCAGUGGAAGCAGCUCUCUCUCUGUGUGAAGAGGCCGUCUCAGAGGGACACACCCUCCCUGGCCCCUGGGAGACCCAGGAGCUGAAGUCUUCGGACCCAGCACCCACAGUCCAAAACACGGAUUCCACACAGGAGCCUCAGGAUGUGACUGCAAUGUCCGCUAUGAUCCCUGCAGGCAUAGACACCCAGAAUCAACCAGAAAAUAAAAGAGAAGAACAGCUCAAGGGAAACUGCGAGGGACCUGAGGUGGCAGGAAGUGAUAUCAUCUCCUCUGUCACCUCUGACGACGGUGCAACAGGAAGUGAGGUUACAGAGGAGGGGGCGGCAGGGAAAGAGACCACUGAAGCAACUGUCAAGAGUGAAGGAGAGGAAUGGAGCCAGCCAGAGCCCAACCCACCUUGCUUAGACUCUGAGGACAGCUCUGUGUCUGGGAAAGAGUCCAAGGAGGUGAAGGAGGAGGAGGCGGGGAGUGAGGGUGACCCAGAAGAGGGGAUUGAGUUGAAGGAGGAGUGCGGGGAGGGGGAGGGUCCCUAUCUGUCUGAGGUGGAGCGGGCAGCCAGCGAGAGUGAAGACGGUUACGGCCCGCCGUCCCAACGCUACACAGCUGAUUCACUGGCCAGCAGCCCGGCCUCUUCUUCCCAGCUAUCGACAUGUGGUGAGGACCAGGAGGCAGUCCAGGCCCAGAAGAUCUGGAAAAAAGCCAUAAUGCUGGUGUGGAGAGCCGCAGCCAACCACAGGUAUGCCAGCGUCUUCCUGCAGCCUGUGUCAGACGACAUCGCCCCUGGUUACCACAGCAUUGUACACAGACCUAUGGACCUGUCCGCCAUCAAGAAGAACAUCGAGUCCGGUGUGAUCCGUACAACGGCUGAGUUCCAGCGCGACAUCAUGCUGAUGUUUCAGAAUGCCGUCAUGUACAACUCGUCGGACCAUGACGUGUACCACAUGGCGCUGGAGAUGCAGCGGGACGUCCUGGAGCACGUCCAGCAGUUCUUGGCCACCCAACUCAUCAUGCAGACCUCAGAGAGCGCCAUCUCCGCCAAGAGCCUCCGCGGCAGGGAGGGAAAUCGUAAGCCUGGGGAGCCGGCUGAGAAGGACGGAGGCACCAGGGGUCGUCGUAGUGCCAUGGAGGCCGACCUCAAAAUGAAGAAAUAGACUGAGAUAUCAGAGAACGAGACACUUUGAGAGACAAAGAGCCACUCUUGGAAUCGGAGGUGGUGGAGCUGAAUACUUACUGGUCACCUUGGUUGUUUUCUGAAGAGGACUGUGCAGUCUCUGUGUGCCUGGUGUAUGUGUGUGUGUGUGUGUGUGUGCAUACAUACGCACUUAUUCAUCCGUGCUGUGCCGUAGACGAAGGGUAUAUGUGAAUGGGUGUGUCUGUCUGUGUGAGAGAGAGCUGCAUCAAGCUUCCUCUUCUCCCGUUCAUAUGAUUGGUUAAUGUGCAGCGCCAUGGGGAUUUCACUCCAGGCCAAACAAGCCAUGGCACCACUUACCCCAAGUAUAAUUUCACCAGCGACGGUUCAUCAUUUCCCUCUGCAGAGGAGGAGGAGCAGCGAAGGGAAAGAAAACUCUGUCACCAGCAAACAUUAGUUUGGGUCCUGAAUAAUCUAGUGCAAGAUGAGUCCUGCUUGUCAGAUUUGAUCAUGUUGAAUCACGGAUGCAUUAAUACUGGUACUGCAUGUGAAAUGCAACCACGAUACUAAAUCUAUAUCAGUUUGAUCACUGCUAAAAUAUGAUCCACAUAAAAGCGAUUAGGAAUUUUAACAACUGGAGUUUUUUGCCUUUUCUGAUAAAUGUAACAGAGGAUGGCUGUCUUCAUUAAGAAAAGCUGAUGACGUCACCGUCUGCUUUGCUUAGUCACGGGUUUGAAUGCUCCUCUGUGUUGUCCAUGUUUCAGCCCAUUAACUGCAAGUUGCAUUUACAUUUCUGCUGACUGUUUUCCAAAGAACACGUUUUUAGAUGAACUACCUACCUUUAAGCAGCCCUCAGCUUUCAUAAAAAUCCAUAAUCCAUAAACUAGAAAUCAAUCUAAUAACUAGCUGCGAUGUGAAAGUUGCUGGAGAGCUGUAACCCAUCACUGUUAACAAUAUGGUGCCUUUUGGUUAAAGUCACAUCAACAUCGUAAUACUGACGUUGUGAGCAGGAACCCUUUUCUAAGUCUAUUAAAUGUUGCAUUCAAGUACACAAGGCGUCAAAAGUAUGUUGUCCAGAAUAACUAUCAUGGAUGAGUUUUUUUUGAGCAUUUAUAAGGUUGCUUCUACAUGUCUCAGAUGUCGGAGUGUCCUUGAAAGCACCAACCACAAGCUUACAAAACAGUUCCUGCAGUAAUGAUUAUAUAACUUUAAGGGAAAAACAGUGAGUCAACAAAUGAUUCGCUUGAUUAAUUACCUUAACUUCAAAUACACGCCACAGCUCAUUUUUAUGUCUUAGUGAAUUGAAUGUAAAUCAGUAGCGGCCUCUAAAAACUAAUCAAUACACUUUAAUCUCUGUAAAAUAGUUGGCAGUAAUGUAAUGCUUUGGGCUUUAAUGGGCUAAAAGAAAGUAUGUGGAGAUUGGUGUUGCUGAAAUAGUAUUGAUGCAUCCCUACUCAUCACUGUAGCCAGUGUGUGUGUGUGCUAUGUAAAUGGAAUAAGAAACAUGUUUGUGUAAUGUGUGUUAGAUGGGUGUACAAAAACAGGUUUUGUACUUGUGAGAUGGAUUAUGUAGAGUUUUGUGUUAGCUGAUACAUGUAUCAUGUGUUCUGUUGUACAUUUGUUAAAUAAAAAAAAAGAUUAUUUGAUCUAAAACUGAAA